AGGCCACAGUCUUCUUGCUAUGUAAGUGCUUCUGGGGGAGAAAUGGAAAGGCCUACUAUGCGCUAGACAAAGUCACAAGCCUGUUACCUGGGCCUAUUUAAUAUUUCCAGCAGCUCUAGCAAGUCAGCACCAUUAUACCCAUUUUAUAGAUGAGGAAACUGAGGCCAAGAAAGGUUACGUACUGGGGGCAGGAUUCAGACCCAGCUCUGCCUGCUAUUGAGGCCUGGCUGCUCCCUCUGUCUGCCCCUCUGCCUUUCAAAGCAGCUAGUGAGCUGGCCCCAACUGGGCCCAGCAGCCAAGUGAGCAAAACCAGGGGCUCAAUGCCAACAGCCCUGCCCCAAGGCUUCCUUGCUGUGACCAUCACUCUGUCUCGCUCUCUGGCAUCCCCAGCCCCAGGGAACAGGUGAGUCACUGGGGAGUGCCCAGCACCCGGGCGAGCCACAGAGGCCACAGAGGACCAGUCUCCUGGCUCUGGCUGCGGCACACAGAGAGCGGUUGCUAUGCAGCCUUGUUUAUCCAAGGAGAGCCCAGAGCAGCAAGUCACCUGCCGCCCGCCGCCACGGCCGCCCCAGCGCCUGCCUGGACAGGAGGCUGUGGCCCAGUGGACUGGGCGGGGGCCAAGGCGGGCCAGGCUGGGGGCUGCCCGGUCCUUGCCCACUCCCUCCUGGGGUCCACAGCAGCAUUGACUUUGGAGGGACCAAGGACCCUGAAUUCCCCUGGCGGCAGGGGUUUGGCAUCUGGACAGAGAGGUCCCUGGAUGUCACAGGGCACAGCCCUCUGGACCUGCAACGACUGUGGUCACACAACAGCGGCUGCCCCUGUACAGCCCCGCAGGCGCCUUCGCCACCCUGGACAUGGGUACCCGUGACGAUGCCUCCCCGGCCAAGGUUGUGGCUCCUGUGGCCGUGUACUGUGGCAGCGUCCCUCGGACCAGCGCCGGGCCUCACGUGCUGCCGCUUGGAGGCGCCAACCCCUGCCUGCCUGCUCUUGGAGAAGCCGCCCUGCAGCCCGUGCCCAGCGUCUUGCCCAGCAGCGGGAAGCCAUCACAGCUCCGGAGUGGACCUGCGGACCCAGGCAGCCUCAAACUGGACACCCCCUCACAGGGCUGGCAGGCCAGGAACGGUCACCCCCAGAGCCUCGGGGGCCUGCCUUUGGGGCCUCAUCCCCUGGCGCCUCUGCCCUCGCUGGAUUCAGAGGCCAGCAGUGUGGCCCGGGACACCACCCAGAUCAAGGACAAGCUCAAGAAGAGGCGCCUGUCGGAGGGCCUGGCAGCGUCUUCCCAAGCCUCCCUGGACCCUGGGGGCGUUCCCCUGAGGAGCACCAUCCCGCGUGCCACCGGUCAGAGGCUGCUGAGGGUGCCCAGGCCGAUGCCUCCCAUCCAGAGCAUUCCCACCACGCCUGAGGCCAAGGAGAGGGAGCUGGACCCGCCGCGGAGCUGCCAGGGUGCCCCGGAGGUGCAGAUGUCCCCGCAGUACCUGCAUUGCAAGGAUGAGAAAAUGCGGACGUCGACGGCAGGCGCUGUGAUGCCACCCAUCCCGAAGGCUGGGCUGCCUGCCAGGGCCUCCUCCUCCACGCUGGGCUCCCUUCCUGGCCCCUUGUCCCCAGGCCAGGCUGUCCUCGUGGGGCUGGGGGCCCCACGCACCCGAUUGGUUCUGGAGGAUGGGCCCCAGGAGAAGACCCCCAAGUCUCUGGUACCCAAAGCUUUGGCCCCACCCAUCAGAGACGGGUCAGCCACCGCCUCUCAGAAGCCGGCCUUGACUUCAUCGCAGUCUGCUCCCGCGCUGACAGGCUUCUCCUUCAGCUAUGCCAAAGAAGCCCACCCCCUGCGGAAACAGGAGGACCCCAAGGAGACCAGCACUAAGAUCCACGUCACCAUCUCCAAGUCUGCCCAGGAGAAGAUGCGGCUGAAGCAGAUGAAGGAGGCGGAGGCGUUGCGGAGGGCCAAGGAGCCGGAGCCGGAACGGGCGCUGGCGUCCCAGAGCCUGGGUUCCCGGGGCACCGCAGUGAAGGAAGGCCUCCUUCCACUCCGGGGCAGCCGGACGCAGUCCGUGCCUGCUGGGAUGAGCAGUGCAUACAGAAACAUGGGCAUCGCCCUGAGGAAGCGGGCCAACCGGUCCUCACUGCCCAGCAUCCUGGUCAGCAAGCAGGAGCCCAGCUUCGCCCGCCACGCUUCAGCCAAUUCCCUGCCCGCGGUGCUCACUCUGGGGUCUCCCGAGUGGGAGGAAGAGGAGGAGGACGUGGAUGGUGGAGCCCUCAGGGAGCUGCGGCCUCUCUCCAAUCCUGAGCUGGGUUUGACGGACGCGCUGCAGUGCCUCGGUAGCAGUGACUGGCAGGUGAAAGAGAAGGGCCUGCUGAGCGUCCGGCGCCUGGCGGCCUGUCACCCCGACGUCCUGGCUGGGAGGCUGCACGACGUGUCCCUGGCGGUGACGGGGGAGGUCACCAACCUCCGCUCCAAGGUGUCCCGCCUGGCCAUCAGCACCCUGGGGGACCUCUUCCGGGCCUUGAAGAAGAAUAUGGACCAGGAGGCUGAGGAGGUGGCCCGCUGCCUGCUGCAGAAGAUGGGGCACACCAGCGAGUUCAUCCAGAGAGCUGCCAACCGCUCCCUGGGGGCCAUGGUGGAGAGCGUGACCCCGGCCCGUGCCCUGGGGGCCCUCACCUCUGCGGGCAUCUACCACCGAAACCCCUUAGUCCGGAAGUGCACCGCUGAGCACCUCUCCGCCGUCCUGGAGCAGAUAGGCGCUGAGAAGCUUCUGUCGGGGACCAGGGACAGCACGGACACGCUGGUGCACAACCUGGUGAGGCUGGCCCAGGACUCCAACCAGGACACCAGGUUCUACGGUCGGAAGAUGGUGAACAUCUUGAUGGCAAACGCUAAGUUCGAUGCAUUUCUGAAACAGUCGCUCCCGUCCCACGACCUGCGGAAGGUCAUGACGGCCAUCAAACAGCGGGGAACAGAAGAUAAUGAUGAACUUCCAGCUGCCAAAGGCCACAAGGUGUGCCGGAGCCUGGUGGUGUCUGAGAACGGGCUGCCCGGCGAGGAGGGGGGUCAGACGCUUCCUCCACACAGGCUCAGCUCCAAUGGCCCGCGACUGGUGGGGCCGCGUUCCUCUCUGAGGGGCGGCACGGAGCGGGUGGAGCAGCUACGGGAGCUGACGCGGCUGCUGGAGUCCAAGGAGUACCAGUCUCGGAUGGAAGGCGUGGGGCGGCUCCUUGAGCACUGUAAGACCAAGCCAGAGCUCAUCACCGCCAGCCUGGUCCAGGUCUUCGAUGCUUUCACGCCAAGGCUUCAGGAUUCCAACAAGAAGGUGAACCAGUGGGCGCUGGAGUCCCUUGCCGAGAUGAUCCCCUUCCUCAAAGAAAGCUUGCAGCCCAUGCUGCUGUCCGUCAUCGUCGCUGUUGCAGACAACCUCAACUCCAGGAGCGCGGGGAUCUCUGCCGCCGCCGCCUCCGUGCUGGAUGCCAUGAUGCAGCACCUGGACCCCCUUUGCCUCCUGCAAGCGUUUGCAGGGCGGGCGCGUUUCCUGAGUGGCCGUGCGCUGCUGGACGUCACAGAUCGCCUGUCGGCGCUGGUGGCCUCGGUUUACCCUCGGAAGCCGCAGGCUGUGGAGCGGCACGUGCUUCCUGUCCUCUGGCACUUCUUGAACAGUGUGCCGGGGAGCAGCGUCCUGCCCAGGCACGGCGGCAGCGUUGGCGCGGUGGUGUGCCGGCUCACUGGGAGCCUGCGGGAGCAGAUGGGCUCCCGCCUGCAGGACUUGGCCGCCGGGCAGCCAGAGCACGUCUUCAAAAUGCUGCAGCACCUCCUGGAUGCGACCCCCACGGCAGGCAGCGGCAGGGUCGCCAGCAGAGAGCUGCCACUCGGCGGCAAGGCAACGGGCAGCUGACGGCCCUUCCAGCUGCGGGAGAGAUGGGUCUGAAACGGGCGAUUAAUAUUUUUAUCUUAUUUUAUUUUUCUGAUGUCAUCAUCUCCCGGCCUACCUUCCCCCUUAGAGUUCCAGAUGUAUACAGUAUAUUUUGAAGUAGAAAUAAAAGAAAUGCUAUUUUUCUAAGGUUUUA